CGUCCAAUCAUACAGGUGGUUUCUACUCGAGGUGCGAUUAGUUAAAGGAAAAAAAAGAAAUUGCAUACAAAUAUUUGCAGAAGAUCAGUGAUUUUCAGUGGCAUAUUAUAAAAAUAAUAUUAUCUUUUAUAUGUAAAGAAUACUGCUGUGGUGAGUAGAAUCCGUGAAAGACGAAACGAAGGUGUGCAAGAGUAGAUAAAGAUUUCGACGGCAAUAAUUAAUCAACAAAUAAGUGCAAAAAUGUCACAGAUGACUCAUCCCUUCAAAAAUCGUAGCCUCCUUGAUAAAAUACCAAGAGAUAAGGUUAAGGACGUGGAUGAUCUCUAUGAAUGGAUGAAACAGCAGCCGAGAUUUCCAGCAUAUACGAAAGAUCAUGCGUACUUGUUCCUUCACGCGUGCUUGUGGGUUCCUGAGGAUGCCAAACGCGCCCUGCAGAAGUACUGUCAACUGCGGGCAUCAUCCUCAGAUGUCUUCGAGAACCGCGAUGUUGAAGACAAAGCCAUACAGAGUGUUUUCGAUAUAACGCACAUGGCAUCGAUGCCAAUAAAGACACGAGAAGGCUACAAAGUGAUAUACUACCGGCUUGCCGAUACAGAUCCAGCAAAAGUGCACUUCGGAAAUGCUGUUAAGGCAUUCUGUAUGUUCAAUGACGUACAAAUAAGCGAGGAUGGCAUCGUGGAGGGCUACAUGGUGGUAUUCGAUAUGAAGGGAUUGAGGCUUGGUCACCUCACCAAAAUACAAUUAGGACCGCUGCGAACAUUCAUGCAGUACAUUCAGGAGGCUCAUCCGGUGCGCCUGAAGAAGAUCUAUGUGAUUCACACUGCUAGUUUCAUCAAUCAAAUAAUGUCGAUAAUAAAGCCACUCAUCAAAUCUGAGCUCCUCAGUUUGCUGCAUUUCACACCAAGAGGACCAGCUGACAUUUUCCCUCUGUCACUUUUGCCCGAGGACUACGGUGGUCCACUCAAUACAUUGGAGAAGUAUCACAAGGACCAGAGACAUAUGAUUGAGUCUGAGUAUCGGGAUUGGCUGAUGGAUACUGUACAUUUGAAGGAAAAGCCGAAAGAGAGAAAGAGCACAUCGACGAGUGACAAUAACAAUAAAGUGAAUAACGUGAGACAACCACCUGUGAAAGCUUUCAGAGCACUCGAAAUUGACUGAAGCCUGGCCUUUGUUGCGCUCCUGUAUUUCGUUGCUGAAUCAAGAGAGUGAAUUCAUUUCACCGAGAGAAUAAUAAAAAAAAUACGACACAAAAUAACACACAAACACCCACAUGACAAAAAUUUAAUUCAAUUCUGUGGAUGCUCAGUGAUAGUCAUCGAAUUUUGUGUGUAUGAUUUCAACUAAAAUAACUCUCGCAUUUUAUGUUCAUUCGCAAAAAUUCCGAUAUCCUUUUGGUGUAAAUAAUUACGGAAAAGAGGAGACACGGUGACACAUAUUGAGAUUGAUUUUUUUUUUACUUGAAAAGGUUACAGUAAACGAUACAGAGCGCAGGUGAAAUUUAAAACCAUAAAAUGCGUACAUACUAGUUUGUAGUUGGACAAAAACGAAUAGUAGAAAAUUAACCCUUAGGCAGAAGAGGAAAUUGUCUAUAUUCUGUUAAAUUAAAUGGUUUUGGAUAAGUGACACUUGAAUGAUUGUAAUAAGAAUAUUGUUGUUUUGUACAUAAUUUAACGUGAAAUAAAAAAAAAGAUUUUUUAUACAUUUA